AUGAAAUCAGGUCAUGGAACAACCGCGCGCCAACAGUACUCAAUCGCGAUCGCAACAAGUAUGAGGCUGUCACUUGUGUUAGCCUUUUGUACGGCCCUUGCUGCUUCUAAGCCACUUGGAGCACGACAGGACUCUUUGAAGAAGCCCUUUCUACACUCUGAUCUUGUAUAUAGCCCUCGCAACUGCGGAGUUUCGCAGAUGAUAAAGUCCCCGAAAAGCCGGUCAGAGGCCUGCGCUGGCACUGUCAAAUACUGCCGUGAAGGAUUCUUCCGCGAUUUUGGUGAGACUUUCAGCAACGAGGCGGAGUGUCUGGAGUCCCGCGAUCCGCCUUCACUGAGGCCGUUCAAGCCGGGCAGGCAGACUAACAAGGCCUGCGUCGUUAGACCAGGCAACCGCCGCAAGGCGCAGUCUGAGGACUGCGUCGGCACAUCUCAAUACUGUAGCCAAGGGUUCUUCAGAGGAUUUAGCGAAGACUUUGCCAAUGAAGAGGAGUGUCUGAAGUCCCGGGAUCCGGCACCUGCAGCUGCCCCGCCAGUAGUUGAGCCCGAGCCGGCAGCAACCACGUCAGCAACCACGCCAGCAUCAAACAGUCCGGCAUCAGCACCACCUUCUUCUGCAGGCUUAUCCAAGAAGCCGUUUAAGCUGCGCAAGAGUACUAAGGCUAUGUGCGGCUUUAUGAUAGGGGACUCCAGAGGGCAUUCUGAGGCCUGCCUUGGCACAGUCCUAUACUGCCGCGACGAAUCUUUCCGGCACUUUGGCGAGAACUUUAGCAAUGAGGAGGAAUGCCUGCAGUCCCGAGACCCAGCUCCAGAUUCAUCCAAGAAGCCGUUUAAGCUGCGCAAGAGUAAUCCUACUAGGUGCGGCUUUUUUAUAGGGGACUCCAGAGGGCAUUCUGAGGCCUGCCUGGGCACAGUCCUAUACUGCCGCGACGAAUAUUUCCGGGAAUUUGGCGAGAACUUUAACAGCGAAGAGCAGUGUCUUCAAUCCAGAGACCCGGCCCCGUCGACGCUGUAG